CCACCCAAUCUCAACAACUUGAUCAACUUCAAAUCCAUGGUGGCUGUACGCCCAAGGCCGAAGCCAUGGCACCCACCAGCUGCGAGCUCCCUACAGACCUCAUCCUCAUUUCUAUACAAAUCCAAAUUUCUUCCGGCAAAAAUCUCCUAUUCUUUAAACGAGAACAAAGAAACACAACAAUCCUCUGCAGGCAAAAUCAAGCGACUUGUUCUUACACAGGAAGGUAGAACAAAACUCAACACAUAUCCUGACAGAGAAUUCUAUGCCUAUCCAAAGUUUGUGACCCAUGUUGAUGAUGGCUUCAUUUCCACACUGACCAACCUCUAUAGGGAGAGGCUGAGCCCUGGUUCAGAGAUUCUUGAUCUCAUGAGUUCUUGGGUUAGUCAUCUGCCUAAAGAAGUUUCAUACAAAAGAGUAGUGGGACAUGGGCUUAAUGCACAGGAGCUUGCCAGGAACCCAAGGCUGGAUUACUUUUUUGUGAAGGAUCUCAAUCAGGACCAGAAGCUGGAAUUUGAGAGUGCCAGUUUUGAUGCAGUGAUAUGCACUGUCAGUGUGCAGUAUCUUCAACAGCCAGAGAAGGUAUUUGCAGAGGUUUUUCGAGUGCUAAGGCCAGGAGGAGUUUUUAUUGUGAGCUUUAGCAAUCGAAUGUUCUACGAGAAAGCCAUUGGAGCAUGGAGAGAAGGGACUGGAUACAGCCGGGCACAGCUAGUCGUGCAAUACUUCCAGUCAGUGGAAGGGUUCACUCAACCAGAGAUAGUUCGGAAACUGCCGCCUUCAGGCGGAGCUCAGGAGGAUAAAUCAGCCUUGAAAUGGUUAAUGGGGUUGCUCGGAUUGUUGUCUGGAUCAGACCCUUUCUAUGCUGUGAUUGCUUACAAGAACUUCAAACCUGUAUAUGAAUGAAAUCCUGGAACCCUGUAAGCCAUACUCAAACAGAGAAGGCCCAGGCCAUUCAUCGGCACACAGAUGAUAUGCUCAUUACAAUUUUAUUUUUCAUUUCUUCAACAA